AGAGACGACGCUGAAAAGAGCUGAAGCGAGCUUGAGAUUGGAGACGGUGCAUUGUUGGCGACAGCCUUCGAUCGAUGCAUGACGACACCUCAAUUCUAGCCUUGUCGCUCAACUUUGCGGAGUCCUUCAGAUUCCUCAGCUAACCCAACUCUCAAACUAAUCAGAAGAAUAGUGUCACAGAAGCAAUCAUCAGCAAUCAUAGCUUCAAACAGGGUCUCCCGCAGCCUCACUCGUCUCCUCAACACCAUGUCGACAACGACCCCAUCGUCUUCGGUGCUCCCCCCAGCGCCAUGGAAGUCACUAUUCAGCCAGCACAUCUCGAAGAUGCAGCAGCCUCAGUUUGUGCUUAGCACUCUCGCUGCUGCCCCCGCUGGCUCGCCUACGCCGUACGUCCCCCGAGCACGCUAUUGCAUCUUCCGCGGGUUCUGGACGGAAUUGCCAGAGAACAAACAUAAUCAUGCAGAGAGGAACCCGAAGGCGUAUGAAAGCGACUGCCUAACAUUUACCACCGACGUCAGGAUGGAGAAGGUCGGCCAGAUAUUUGGGACGAGUGCCGGACACGCGGAUAGUAACGAGCAAGCUCAAGGAAGUGGAGGUGGAGGCCCUAUCGAGGCUGUUUGGUGGGUUGAAGAGACAGGCACACAGUGGAGAGUCAAAGGAAGGGCUUUUAUCGUUGCUGAUGACAUUGAAGGCAGAGAAAAUAGCAGCGGGGCUAGGACCGUGAAGAGCGAGGUGGGCAAGAGAAUGAGGGUCAUCGAUGAAUCGAAGCUGAACGAAUGGACAUGGACAAGAGAAUUGUCAGGAACAUUUGGAAAUCAAUCUCCGGGUAUCAAAGGCUCCUUCCGUGCGCCUCCUCCUGGCAUGUCAAAAGACCAGCCCUACGAUACGAAGAACCUCAAGCUGGGUGCUAAAGUAGAGGAUCUCCAUGAUUCCGUGGCUCGUAAGAACUUCCGGCUCGUUAUCAUCGUCCCCGAUUCCGUCGAACAAACGGACUUAAGCGACCCUGCAAAGGCAUGUCGAUUCAGGUACACUUUUGAUGAGGGCAUGCGUGCUAAUGGCGGCUGGAGAACGGAAGAACUGUGGCCGUAAUUGCAACUGGUGAAUAUUACAAUGUCCGCUUUUGCAUGUAGAUCCCAAUACUUGCUUCAACAGAUGACUAU